UUCAUCGUUGUCAAAAGAAAAGAAGAAGAAGAAGGAAAGGAGACGAAGAAGAAGAAGUGUCACCGCUGGGACAAAAACAGUUCAAUUCAGCCUCCAGGGCAUUAUUAGAAACCCCUCUGCUGACUGAGUGAAUAUCUUAAUUUGAUAAUUAAAAACACGUAGAGUCUGAAAAGCUAAUACAGAAGGGCCUCGUCUCAGCGCGUGUCCACCUUCUACUGGUGUGAGAUAGCUUAGCCUGUUAGCUUCACUGGACACCCACUCAGCCGUGUCCUUGUUUGCGGGACUUCACACGAGAAAUCCACCGGAGCUGCACGCAAACUAAUCCGGACUUUGCUUCACAACUGCAGCUGCACGUGUUGUGUCCAAACGCGGCUUUUGCACGUAAAGUAUUACGGAAAUCAACAAGGAAACAUCCUGCAAAACAAGGAAGUCUGAAUGAACUUUGAUGCAGCUGCAUUGCUUCAUUGUGCUGCUCGCUCCUGCAGCUCCUGCUCUCCCGUCCUGCAUUGCUGAUAUUGAUUAUCUGUGACAGCGUCUGUGCGUGCAGUCAAUAUAUCGAUUGACAUUCAAACGAAGCUGGGCUGCAAGCGUGCUAGAGCCAACGUGGAAAAGUAUCAAACAAGCGUUUCAGAGAUGAUUCCCGAAAAAGUGCCGAAGGAAGACGUCUUCCACGGGUCUGAGGAGCUGAAGAAGGAAGCUCACAUCCCCAGCUUUGAGAAAUAUAAGGAGCUCUACUUAAAGUCCAUAGAGAAUCCUGAUGAGUUUUGGGGCGACAUUGCUAAAGAUUUCUUCUGGAAGACCAAACACUCGGGUCCGUUCCUCGAAUACAACUUCGAUGUGACUAAAGGAGAAAUAUUCACCAAGUUCAUGGAAGGAGCUUCAACCAACAUCUGCUACAAUCUGCUCGACCGCAACGUCCACGAGAGGAAGCUCGGAGAUAAAGUGGCCUUCUACUGGGAUGGCAACGAGCCGGGGGAUGAGCUGACGGUGACGUACAGAGAGCUGCUGCAGAGGGUCUGCCAGUUCGCCAACGUCCUGAAGUCUCAGGGAGUGAAGAAGGGCGACCGUGUCUCCAUCUACAUGCCCAUGGUGGUGGAGCUGGUGAUGGCCAUGUUGGCCUGCGUCCGCAUCGGAGCUGUUCACUCCAUCGUGUUUGCAGGUUUCUCAGCAGAGUCUCUGUGUGAGAGGAUCCUGGACUCGGAGUGUUCGCUGCUCAUCACAGCAGAUAGUAUGGUUUUCUACCGAGGAGAUAAGCUGAUCAACCUGAAGCUCAUAGCUGACGAAGCACUGCAGAAAUGCAGAGCCAAGGGUUUCCCUAUACAGAAGUGUAUAAUGUUGAAGCACUUGUCUAAAGAAGCAGAAGAGACUCCUCUGGGCUCUCAGUCUCCUCCUGCCAAACGCUCCUGUCCUGAUCUGCAGGUCCCAUGGAACCCCAAGGUGGACUUGUGUUGGCACGCUCUGGUACGUGGAGCUUCAGACGAGUGCGAACCAGAGUGGUGCAACUCUGAAGAUCCUCUCUUCAUCCUCUACACCAGCGGCUCAACCGGCAAACCCAAGGGAGUGCUCCACACCAUCAGCGGCUACAUGCUCUACACCGCCACCACCUUCAAACUGGUGUUCGACCACCAGCCCGACGACGUGUACUGGUGCACGGCAGACAUCGGCUGGAUCACCGGACACUCCUACAUCACCUACGGCCCGCUGGCCAACGGGGCCACCAGCGUCCUGUUCGAGGGCCUGCCUACUUACCCAGAUGUGAGCCGUAUGUGGGAGAUUGUGGACAAAUAUCAUGUUUCCAAGUUCUACACGGCUCCCACCGCCAUCAGGCUGCUGAUGAAGUACGGCAAAGAGCCGGUGCACAAGUAUAAGCGGGAAUCUCUGAAAGUGUUGGGGACGGUGGGAGAGCCGAUCAACCCCGAGGCCUGGCAGUGGUACUACAACGUGGUGGGAGAGAAGAGAUGUCCCAUCGUGGACACUUUCUGGCAGACAGAAACUGGUGGACAUGUGUUGACUCCUCUACCUGCAGCCACACCCAUGAAACCUGGAUCUGCUACAUUCCCGUUCUUCGGAGUGGUUCCGGCCAUCUUGAAUGAGUCUGGAGAGGAGCUGGAGGGACCGAGCGAAGGGUACCUGGUGUUCAAACAGCCGUGGCCCGGUGUGAUGAGGACGGUGUACGGGAACAAGCAGAGGUUUGAAACCGUGUACUUCAAGAAGUUUCCGGGAUACUACGUCACAGGAGACGGUUGCCGUAGAGAUGAGGAUGGAUACUAUUGGAUUACAGGGAGGAUAGACGACAUGCUGAAUGUCUCCGGUCACUUAUUGAGUACAGCGGAGGUGGAGUCGGCUCUGGUGGAGCACGAGGCCGUUGCCGAGGCUGCGGUGGUGGGCAGACCUCAUCCUGUGAAAGGAGAAAGCCUCUACUGCUUCGUAACUCUGACUGAUGGACUGACCUUCAACCGCACGCUGGAGGCCGACCUCAAAAGACAAGUGCGGGAGAAGAUCGGUGCCAUCGCUACACCAGACUUCAUCCAGAAUGCUCCAGGCCUCCCCAAGACCCGAUCAGGUAAGAUCAUGCGACGGGUGCUUCGCAAAAUCGCUUGUGACGAACGAGACCUUGGCGACAUCUCCACGCUGGCCGACUCCUCGGUGGUGGACCAGCUCUUCCAGAACAGAUGCUGCCCCAACGUGUGAGGACCUCCAGGAUCCUCGCAGUGAGGCUCAGAUAGCAGCCGCAUGCUAGCGGCCUCAAACCCAACCAGCGGAGAAGAAGAGGAAAAGGAGAACCUACAUGAACUUGGUCUUGUCCAACAAACAACCUUUAGCUCCUGAGAAGUAUGAGCGGUGUGCAUCAGAGCUUGUAUUUAACCCCAUUGUCCUUUUAUUGUAAAUAAGCAGCAGGUAGAGACACAACAUCUGUUACUGGUGGAGGUUUCACUCUUCUGUAGAAGAAGUAAUCAUUUUAAAGCAGCAGACAAAGGGUACAAAUUAAACCCGUCUGUAUGUUGAAACGUUUUCCAGAAGUUGACCGAUUUGCUGCUUUUUCAAAAACGAACAAGGCACUGGUGUGUUCGAGGGCGAGAAGCCAGAGGCUGUUUGGUGAAAGACCGUCCCUGAGUCCAACGUGUGGAAGAGGUCGAGCAGGGAAACACUUACUUGUGUUUUAUCCCAGUGUUACGCCAAUGUAACAUAACAGUAUGUGCUCCUUUAAGAGAGAGUUCGUCUUUUUUGUUUAAGGUGGGGUUGUAUGAAGUACUUACCAGAGAUCAGUGUAGAACCUACUGCGGAUGUUAAGCCCCCAGUUUGGUGAAAGAAACAUAAAUUGCAGCAGCCAAACAUAUGAAUACAAUAUAAACAUUUGGACAAUUUCGAAAAAAAUCAAUAUCAGCCUGAGUGUAUGCUAUAUCUAGAAUAUUUGCACAACUCUAUCCUGCUGUCAGACACCUCUUUCUUACAGGAAACUGAAGUCAUUUUGCUAAAACAUUUACUUUGAAGAACACAGGAGUUGCUGAUUUACCGCCGCCCGAUCAGUUAGUUGUUUGUGUUAUUUUGUGACUAUGGUGUUUCUAAGGGUUGAUUCAGAUUCACCAAAGUCACACAAUAUCACAAACAACCCAACUGAUCAAGGCAGCAUUAGACCAUCAACCUUCUUGCCGUGUGAGGUCAAAUGACCUCACCGCACUUUCUGACAGACGUGUUUCCUUACGCUUAAACUGGUAUUGAUGUAUUAAGGUGGCUAGCUGCCCCUGCAGUCCUUAGCUUAUCUUCCUGCCGGUUCUUCUGUUUCUUUCGCAAACUGGUAGUGUACCAUACGCCAUCUUCUCUAAGUUAUACACUCAAUAUUGAUAAAUCCCUCAAACAACCCUACUUUCAAACUAUCUCUUUAAAGUGUUUUCACACUGAAAUAAUGCUAAUGUGAAGUGCUACCUGCUCUGUAGUUAAUACAAGUUAUCUCCUCCCCUCGCUCGCUGCCAUAGUACUGUUAAGUAAACUGAUGAUUACGCUCAAUAUUUCUACUAGUUUUAAUUUCUAUUGUCAUUUUCUAAAAACAUGUAGUUUUGUGUCACAUUUCUUUGGUUUUUGACAUAGGAUAUGUUGGGUUUGUCCGUUUGUGUGUCUGCACGCUGUAUUUUCUUUUACUUCUAUAUGUUGAAGUUGCAGAGAAGUGCUUGGGCUAUUUCAUUUCAGUCUGGUGGAAAUUAGGAAAGUGUGUUCAGUGUCACGUAGCUCAGGACACCAAAUGCUCAGCUCCUCCCAAAGAAUCUGCAGGUCUAAUGUUAAAAAGGGAAAAAGGUGUCUUGAAUUUCCCAAUAACAGAACACAUUUGUUUGUGUUCUUAUGUUAACAAAUUGUAAUGUGUCUAAACUCUGUGUUUAAUUAUUAAAUAAGACUUCACAUGAGGUACCAAAGUCAAUCCCAAACGGCUGGAAAUUAUGCAAGAGUAUGAUUUUAAUUUGGUAAUAUAAUCGCAACCAUUUUAGAAUUGACAGAAUAUGUGAUUUUCCACAAUCUGUGCAUCAAGUCUGCAUCAUGAUAUGGUACCAUUCAAAGUCAAAUAUGGCACGGUAAAGUCUGUUCAAUCAUAGCUAAUACUCAGUUAAGAAUAAAACAUCAGUGGUGUCUUUAUUAACAGAUUUGUUUAUUAAACAGAUUAUUUAAACUCUGUAUCCCAAAAAACACAACCAACAUGUUAGUCUUCUUUCAUUACUUUGAUAGUGGCUCUCAACUCAAUGUCUUCAUUGAUGGUUUGGAUCUUUUUAUGGGAUUUGUUAACAAUAGAAACACUUAAAAUAUCAGCAGACCUCCUCCAUCCUUCAAUAUGUUUUUAGAUGGAAGGGAGGAGAACGUGUUAUUGAUAUUUUAAGCAAAAGUCAACAUCUUUAACUUUAUUGUUCUUGUGCUGAGAGACUGAAGACAGAGCAUUAACACCAUAAAACUGAUCCAAAAUCUAAUAAUAAUCUAAAUAUUGAGCUCAUUUGAAAAUGUAAAUAUAUUAAUAUUUCCAUCUUUUGAAGAUCUUGUGAUAUCAUUUGUAGGAGAUGAACCAAAAGCAGGACGUCAUACAGAUUUCAUCAGCUUUUCUUACCUUUUGAGUUUAUUGCCGUUUGUGUAUCAAUGUGCCAACCUAAGUAACAGUUGAGCUGGGUGUGUAAAGCUAAUAAUUGUAUUUAAUGUUCAAGAAAAAUUGCAGCUGCUUUGAUUUAGAAGCUUUUUUAUUUUGUUUGUAUAAUAAUUUCAGGUGAUGGGAUGAGAAUUUUGCUGUUUGUAUUUCUUUUGUUUUUCUCUGUUUAUCCUAAUUUUUGAGUUGUAUCAAAGUGUAUGCAAUGACAGUAAAUGGACAUGACUACUGCCUCUAAUCCUCUGUCACAGGCUGGUCUUUUAAAUAAAUAUUGAAGCCUAAUUCCUAACGUUGACAUUUGAAACCUAAAUCCACAUUCAAAUGCUGCGUGGCUUUUUGUCUUUAUUAAUUAUUCUCUAUUUAUUCGGUCUAACCUCGGUAUUUCUGCACAGUUGCAGAUUAAGACUGGGCUACAUUUAUAUUAUUAUUUCACUAUUUGUACAAUUAGAUUCCAGUGGUAACUGUGUUGGAUUGUUUUAUGACUUGUGAUUUGAACGUUUCAAGUAACUCGAGGGCGUUGUAAAAUCCUAAAUUCAACAUUUGAUGGAAAAAAAAUACAUGUAAUAAUUUCCAAAUAA